AUGCCAUCGAACCUUUGCAGUCUUAAGAAGUUUUACCAACACAAAAUUGGGGAAAUGAAAAGGGGUAAAAUUACGAGAAAAAUCAGAAGUUUGGGAUUAAAACAAAAAAAGAAGAGACUUGGGAUUACAAAAAAAACGGAAAAAGGUACAGGCCAGGGAAAUAAUAUUAUUGACAAAUGGCAGCAAAAUGCGUAG